CUACUAGAGAAGUCGGAUCUUCAUGCGGUGCUGGCUGAUAAGCUUCAAGCAGAAAAAUAUGAGAUGCAGAGCAGACAUGAGAUCAGUCCAGGACAUGAUGGCACAUGGAAUGAUGCUCAGUUGCAGGAACUGGCACAGCUGAAGAUAAAGCAUCAAGAGGAGCUGACAGAGCUGCAUAAGAAACGUGGCGAGCUGGCCCAGUCUGUAAUUGAUCUGAAUAACCAAAUGCAGCAGAAGGACAAAGAGAUGCAGAUGAAUGAAGCAAAGAUUGCAGAGUAUUUGCAAAAGAUCUCUGAACUGGAAACAGAGUGCCAGGAAUUGCGUAGCAAGUUGCAAGAUCUUGAGCGAGCUAAUCAGACACUGAAAGAUGAAUAUGAUGCUCUCCAGAUCACCUUCAAUGCCUUGGAGGAGAAACUAAGGAAAACUACUGAAGACAACCAGGAGCUGGUCUCACGUUGGAUGGCAGAGAAAGCUCAAGAAGCCAAUCGUUUGAAUGCAGAAAAUGAAAAGGAUUCAAGGAGACGACAAGCCAGGCUGCAGAAGGAGCUAGCAGAAGCUGCCAAAGAACCCCUGCCUGUUGAACCGGAUGAUGAUAUUGAAGUGCUUGCAGAUGAAACCUCUGACACAGCUGAGGAGACAUCUCCAGUGCGAGCUAUCAGCCGAACAUCCAGUAAGCGACUCUCCCAGCCAGCUGGAGGCCUUCUGGACUCUAUCACUAAUAUCUUUGGUCUGUCUGAGUCUCCCCUUUUGGGACAUCAAUCUUCUGAUGCUGCCAGGAGGCGUUCUUUGUCCUCGUUCCCUGCUCCCCAAGAUAAUGUAGAGCCACAUCCAGGUGCCAGUAAAGAAGUGAGAGUGCCCACUACUGCCGUAUGUGUCUUUGAUGCACAUGAUGGGGAGGUGAAUGCAGUGCAGUUCAGCCCUGGCUCCCGGUUACUAGCAACAGGAGGCAUGGACCGGAGAGUUAAGCUUUGGGAAGUCUUGGGAGAUAGGUGUGAGCCCAAAGGUUCCCUCUCUGGUAGUAAUGCUGGGAUUACAAGCAUAGAAUUUGAUAGUGCUGGUUCUUACCUCUUAGCAGCUUCAAAUGACUUCGCCAGCAGAAUCUGGACAGUUGAUGACAAUCGAUUAAGGCACACCCUGACAGGUCACAGCGGUAAAGUUCUGUCAGCCAAGUUCUUGCUGGACAAUGCACGCAUUGUUUCGGGAAGUCAUGACCGGACCCUCAAGCUCUGGGACCUCCGUAGCAAAGUUUGUAUAAAAACAGUGUUUGCAGGAUCUAGCUGCAAUGACAUCGUAUGUACUGAGCAAUGUGUAAUGAGUGGACACUUUGAUAAGAAAAUUCGUUUCUGGGAUAUCAGGACUGAAAGCAUAGUAAAAGAACUGGAGCUGCUUGGAAGAAUCACAGCUCUGGACCUGAACUCAGAGCGAACAGAGCUUUUGACAUGUUCCCGUGAUGAUCUAUUAAAGAUCAUUGAUCUGCGGGUUAGUGCUGUCAAGCAGACAUUCAGUGCCCAGGGAUUCAAAUGUGGCUCUGACUGGACAAGAGUUGUGUUCAGCCCUGAUGGUAACUAUGUGGCUGCUGGUUCAGCUGAUGGGGCCCUCUAUGUUUGGAAUGUGCUCACUGGGAAGUUGGAGAGGACACUUGCAAAGCAUCACAGUUCUCCUAUCAAUGCAGUCGCGUGGUCACCAGCGGGUGCCCAUGUGGUCAGUGUGGACAAAGGAAACAAGGCUGUCCUGUGGUCUGAAUUUUGACUGAACGGAGGGUGAAAGGCAGAGCAUCCGGUGCCCCUGUGCAUGGUGGUGCUGGUCCGUGGCUGACAGAAUGGAGACCCGAGCCCAGAUCCAUCCUGAGUCAGGAUAUUAACAAGCGCAUGGGCUUCACUUUUCAGAGGAAAGUUCAAAGCAAUGGAGAAGGAGCCUCAGUCAGAGACUUCUUAUGGCCGUAACUGCACUGUGGCACUCGGACUCAAGGGAUUAGCUGUUCUGGGUGGAGAAUGCUACUUAGUCAUGCCUUUACAUGCAGCAUCUAUGCACCAAGUGGAGCUGAAGACACGAGGGGGAUUCCUCACCAGACAGCUGUGCCAAAUACUCUGUCACACAAAUGUAUCUACAGCACUUCUGAGUUGGAAACGUUGGAAAGAAGUUAUGCUGACUUAAUACAUGUCCCGUCUCCUGUGUUCUGUUCUUGUGGCCUAGUUCAGGCAUGGGGUGAGAAGAUCCUGAAGUGUGGACAGGUCCUAGGCAGUCUAAAGUGUUGGAACAGCUUUUAAAGAGAGUCUCCCAGGGCUCUGGCAGCUCUGCUUUUGAGUUAGCAGCUCAAUUCAGAUCUGCUCUGAUCCUGACACAGGUUCUCCAGCGCUGUUAUGUGAACUAUUUUUAU